AAUCCCAAAACAAUCCCUAGAAUCUUUUCGCUGAUGUAUUUUUAUAUUCUUUAUUGUCCUUCAAACAUUCUCGUUUUCCCACCGUUGAUUUGAAAAAAUCCGAUAAAAACGAAAACACGUGCGUUUAAGUAGCGAAGAAAACUCAAAUUGACCGUAAAUUAAUUUGAAACUGCUCUUGAAUCUAUGUCGAUUGUGCAGCAUAUCAGAUCGUACUUACACCAGUGAACGUACCAGUGCGGUCCGUAAUCAGCGAGGAAGAGAAAUUUUGUGGCACAGAGCAAGGAACUGGAAUUGACAGGUGGUUCGUUUUAGACAGUACGAUGAUAAGGCAUAGAAGAUGCGAGAGGGGAUGAAAAAUGGCAGCAACGGCAACAACCCUCACGUCCCAUAAAACAGCAAUGAAGACAAUAACUUGCAGCAGUCACCGAAACACAACAAUGAUGCCCCCAGCUAUUUCUCGGAAAACUCUAGCCGUUCAUUUUGCCGCUGUCAAUUCGAGCCCCAGCAAUUGCUGAACAUCAAUUUUGACAUAACGUUCCACCUUAUUAUACCACCUUGGUUAGAACCAAGGCGUCUAGAAGUAUAUCCUAAGGUGAGGCCGUUUCUCACUAAGUUGGUUAGGGGAGCGGUAUAUAAAAACAGUACGGAAGAAAGCAGAAGAGGAAUUAUUUGCUUGAAGCGUGAAAGAGACAGACUGAUCAGGAGCGAGCUUCGGCACUAGCGUAUUGUGUUUUGUUUACAAACAAAACACCGUAGACUUCCGAGAUGGCUGAAGAGUGCUUUUAGCAAGUUGGCCCACCUUAGGAUAUACUUCUAGGCGCCUUAUAUCAAUGGUUAGAACCUUCAAUGGUUAGAAAGUUCUAACCUUGGUUAGAACCAAGGCGCUUAUAUCAAUGUAUAACAGGUGAAGCAACAUCAUCACUUCAAUAAGAAGGGGAUUACGGUUUGUGGAGCGGGGGUUGUUUGUUUUGUUAUUGCUUGCAUACGCCAUUUUUGCAUUUUCACAUGCGUGAGUAGUGGAUAUGAGAAUGAAAUUCUACAAAAUCAUUCUUUCUUUUUCACAUAAAUUCGCGAAACCCGAACAUAGUAGGCAUCGUUCGAAUAAGCGUCGUAGCAGUUUGUAUAGAGCCGCCGGCAGCGUUCUGAUGCUGUUUGUAAACAAUACCGACAGCAUUUCCAAUAUGGCUGAAAGUGCAUUUCAUAUGAUUGUUUCACCAGGUACAUAUAGAGGCGCCUUGGUUAGAACCACUCAAGUUUUUGAAUUUUUCAGCGGUCGGUUGACACGAAGUGUAAAUAGUGGGAAACAGUAACUAUUUUCGUUAAUUUUAUAAAGAAGUUAUAAUGUAAAAUGGGGAGUAACAUCUGGUUCUUUAGUUAUGAAACAUCGUUUUUUUAAGUUUUUGGAAAGCAUUUUUUUUUCUUAUGUUACGCGCCCAAAUAAAACAAUUAAGUUCAAAUGACCAACAUAUGAAUAUUAUUAUAUUACUAUAUACUCCAUUUCAACCAAAAGUUUGAACAACACCUCAACUUGAAAACUGAAACAGCUCAGUCAGCUUACGUUGAUUUAUGAUAGAAAAUGUCCGAGAUUAGAUUCACAAGUGAUGUUUCCAACUAAACAGCGAUACAAAUAACAUUACGGGUGUUAGGUAGCUUGAUGAAAUGUGUGCGAGCAUCCCUCGUGUAGCAUAGUUCUCUAGAAAAAAUUAUUAGUUAUAGUUAGUUAGGCAUAGUAGGCUUUGGUUUUUCGAAAUUGUAUUUCGUUCUCUUCUAAUAAAAUCGCCAGAUCGGUCGGUCACGUUUUCCCUCACUGCGUAGAAAUAAAUGGAUUUUCUAAUAUCGUAAGUGGUUUUUAGUUUGUGCGAACAUUGGUGCCGUUGACCAGAAUUAGUUUAGUACCGUGAAACGUAUUGCCUUGGAUACCAUUUUCUAAAACAUUUUCAUCGCGCCUUGAUUGCUGCGAUUGAAAAAGUGGAACUUUCUGGAAGGAAAUUUUUUUUCGCUGCUUGUUGGAUGAUCACAGAACGUUUUUUCGUGGACCGGCUGAUUAUCAAUUGGGCGUCAGAUUCAAUCGAGAAGCUGAAACUUGGCUGUAGAACCUAAACAGUGGUUUUACAAACACACGAUAGUUACCGGGGGCGCGUAUUUACAUACGUUUUGCAUUUCAAGGAAUUUUCAGCCAGUCUCAAGCGGUGAGUACUGAGCUAAAAUAAUCAUUCGUCGAAAGAUAAUCUGGAACCAUUUCCCUAUUUUCCGUUUUUCCAUUUUCUACGUGGAGAAAAUUGGCGGCCUGCCGUUUUGCAACUUAACCGUUGCUAAAAACGUGGUAUCGUGCUGAAAACGUGUACGCUUGGAGGAUUGACGAUUUGUUGCUGUCAGCAGUUUUUUGAAUAAAUACAAGGCCUACUUAGUUUUGGCUCACAGGUGAGCCUUUUUCCAAUUUUUCCACUAGUUGGUGUUGUGGUGCUGUGCGUUGUACUUUUCCAGAACUCUCUCAUAUCGACGACUGUUACGAGAUGACGAAGAAGCUGAAGCCGAAGCUGCAUGCACGGGAUAACAUCAUUGACUUCCUCGUACGCACGGACCAUUUCCUGAAGCAAUAUGAUCCGGCCAAUCACGCUCUCCAGGUUGAGGCACGACUCGACAAGCUUGAUGAAAAGUGGGACGAAUUCGGAGCGGUUCAGACGCAGAUAGAGGAGAUGGAAGAGCUAGAGGAGGAAAGAACGGACCAGCACAAGAGAACCCGAGCCGAGUUCGAGGAGUUGUACUUCCAGGUAAGGGCAGGGUUGAAAUCAAAGUUGCCAACCAUCCCAAUUUCUCCCUCUACCUCUAACGAUACCCCUCCACGUAUGGGAACAUGUGCCAGUAUUCAAUUGCCAAAAAUUAACUUGCCAGAAUUUAACGGGGAAUUUGACAAGUGGUUGCCAUUUUUUGACACUUUUAAAACGCUGAUCCAUGGCAAUCCGGAUCUAAGCGCGAUACAACGUUUCCACUACUUACGAGCGUCUUUGAAGGGUGAGGCGCUGAAGGUGGUAGACGCAUUCCCAAUGAGCGAAGCGAGCUACGGUGCUGCUUGGUCUGCUUUGACUAAGCGAUUUUCAAAUGUGUACUUGCAGAAGAAGCGACACGUAAAUGCUCUGCUACAGUACCCGAAAUUAAAGAAGAUAACAGCAAGUGGCAUCCAUGAUGUCAUCGACUGCUUUGACCGACAUCUGAAAAUUUUAGAUCAAUUGGGAGAAGUGACUGCGGGUUGGGGGGCGAUGCUGACGCAGCUGGUGAUAUCGAAGCUGGAUGACGUUUCGCAGAAAGAUUGGGAAGAAUUUGCUCUGAUGAAGGAAGAGCCAGCGUACCUGCACGUGAUGGAGUUUUUAGAAGGACAAACCCGAAUUCUAGAUGCGAUAGCUGUCGACCAGUGUUUCGAAAGCAAACAAGUUUCACUCUCUUCUCCUACCCCACCAGCAAAGAAACCGUUUUCGAAGUUGUCGGUCCAUUCAGUGUCGGAAAAUUCAUUGCCGAAGUGUGUCUCUUGUAGCGGUUCCCAUUACAUCAGUAACUGUCCUGAUUUCUUGAAAAUGACACUGGAUAAACGGUUCCAGGUCGUGAAUUCGAAAAAACUAUGCAGCAACUGUCUGCGUCGUGAUCACUACAAUCGAGAUUGUAGUUCUAAUUUCCGUUGUCGAACGUGCAGUAAGAAGCAUCACACUUUGCUUCAUCCUGGAUUAUCAACAUCUGGUUCUGGAUCUGCGGCUGAUACUCAGUUUCCCAAGAAAACGCAAACGGCUGGUUCUGGUGCUCUUAUGAAUACGGCAGUCAAAACGGAAACAACUCAACAGUCUCUUCAGAGUUCGGUAGCGACAAUCUAUGCAGCUAAUGUCGCAGCGGAAUCACGGGAAGUACACGUCUUUUUGUCAACAGUUCUCGUAUUUGUGAAGGAUUAUAACGGACGGUUGCAUACUGCGAGAGCGCUCUUAGACAGCGGAUCUCAAACGAAUUUGAUAUCCGAAAGACUCUGUCAGAUGUUAAAAUUACACAGAAAAGCCAAAAAUAUACCAAUCUCUGGUAUCGGCAGCGCGCGGAUACAGAUAAACGGUUCUGUGUCCACCACGAUCGGUUCACGUAUCACAAAUCAGUGCCGAUGGAUUUUUUGGUGA